UUGAGUCUCAGUGUAAGCUCAAAGACUCAGAGAUUCUGUUUCUAAGAGAGAAGCUUGAGGAAACUACAAAACAGAACAAGUUAACAGAGAAGAGACUUAACCAAAGCGGACAGCUUUGCAACCCUUUAGACAAUCUUCACCUAUCAGCUCUGAAUCCAACAGAUGAAACUCGCGGGAUGGGAUCUUUCAAUGGCUGCUAACUCGAUCCAGCCCGGUGUGGUUUAUUACAAGCAGGAUCACAAGUGUUUCGCUUUCGAACACUUUGUCUCCAACGUAAUGUUCGAAGCUUUCCAUCUACCACACUUCUCAACCGAUUCAAGAAGCUUCAAGAAACAGAGCAAAACAGAGAGGGAAACGUUCUUUGAGAGGUUAACAGAGCUCAAGUCGAUGAAAGCUAGAGAUUACUUAAACGCACGGCCAAAAUCAAGAUUCGCUAGGUUCUGCAGAGCCAAGUUCUUGCAGGUUAUACAUCCGAAGAUGGGGGAAGCUUUCUUCGGACACACGCAUUUGAGAAACCAGGUCUCUGCUGGUGUGUUCCCGGAGACGAGCCUGUGCUCUGGGUUUCUUGAAAUGGCGAAAAGGGUUUGGCGUCUGCAUUGCUUGGCUUUAUCUUUUGAGCACGAAGCUGAGAUCUUUCGAGUGCAGAAAGGUUGUAGAUUCUCUGAAGUGUACAUGAAGAGCGUUCACGGUGGUUCCGGGGUUUCGGUCGGGAACAGUUUGGUACAGUGCGAGGUUUAUCUCUCGGGUUCGUGA